CCUUGACCUUCUUUGUAAAUUCUUGGUUCUUUGACUCGUAUAAAAUAUUCCUAAUUUAGACUAUUUUUCAUUGUUAAAUAGAACUGAAUGAGAAAGGAAUCAACAUGGCGGCAGAGUCAAUUGACCUUCAAAACUUCAUGGACGUCAUCACAUCCUACAAAUGCAAGUUCUGUACCUUCACGUGUCAGUUUGCGCAGGGAAUGGCAAGCCAUGUCAAACAUGUUCAUCUCGAGCAAGGAGAUGCUUUGCCAGCAGGACUAGGAUCCCUCAAUGUUGAGAUAAACUCUGUUGCUGCUGCAUUAUCAACUGGCACAGAGCCAGACAGCGCUCAACUUGAACCUCUGCAAGGCAGUGCUUCAAAAGAUGAUGGGUUAGGCCUUGAGAGUCAAGUCCUCCAGGGCCUACAAAGUGCCGAAUCCAAUACUGAGAUUCAUGACAUGUCUAAAGAUACUCCAGAUAUUGCAGCCCAAUAUGCUGAAAUUGUCCAGGAGGCUACUCAGUGUAUGGUUACUGAAGGAGCUAUCACCAACCAGAGUUCCAGUGAAGUGGCUCAAGCUACCGGCUCCCUUGAAGAUGCUGAUGCAAGUGUACAAACAAAAGAAUUGUUUUUGUGUGGUCAGUGUGGGGUAGCAUUUACUUCCAUUGACGAUUGUAAGCAGCAUAUGGUUGAAGAACAUAACGUCAUGUUACCUGCGGAUGUCGAAUCUGAAUCAACCACAAAAGAAGUGGCAACUCACACCGAUGCUUCAACGCAAGUCAUGCCAAAGAAGCGUCUUGGUCGCAAACGCAAAAUCAAGGAUCCUAGUCCUAUGGUGAUGGUCAACCCUGUUUUGAUAAAAUCAGGUGAGGAGGAAACUGAACACGUCGAAACAGAAAACAUUGGAAAAAGACGCAUCCGUGUACCUAAAGCUUUAAAAGAUGAUUACUGCUUGAGCAAACGUGUAAAAAUCAGGAGAAAAACUCGCGAAAUGAACAAACCCUUCGAUUUAAAGUGUAAACACUCUAACUGCUUGGCUCGGUUUCAGUUGUUUUCUAGUCUAAGAAUUCAUGAGGCUUGUCACAACAAUACAGAUCAAGAACUGGGGGGAUUUGUCUGUGUCGAGUGCCACACGCAUUUCUUACAGUGGCGCACAAUGCGUGUUCACUUGUGGAAAAUGCAUAAAAUUGACACAGACUUAUACACGUGUGAAGUUGAAGAUUGCGACUUCAAAACUGACAAAGUUUACAAGUUGAAUCUGCACAAGGAGGUGCACAGCGAGAAACGGCCGUACGCCUGCAAUCAAUGUCCGAAAUCAUUCAAACAGAUAAACCAGUUACGUACACACCAAAUUGUUCAUCUUGGAAAAAGCGCUGACCCGUCCAUUGAUAAAUGGUAUACCAGUAAGAUAUGCGGGAUCUGUAAACGAUCUUUCGUCAAUGUGAAAUGUUUGAAUAAGCAUAUCGAGGCAGUCCACAGCAAGAUUAAGCCAUUCAUUUGUCAGUUCUGUGGCCACACUGCGGCAAGGAAGGCAAUGCUUCAACUCCAUCUUAGGACACAUACUGGAGAGAAACCAUUCAAGUGUGAUCAGUGUUCCUACACGACCGGGGACCACAACUCGUUACGACGUCACCACAUGCGCCACACCGGGCAGAAACCGUACCAAUGUUGUUACUGUGCCUAUGCGUGUAUCCAGGCCAUCUCACUCAAAACACACAUGAAGAACAAACACCCAGGAUCAGAGGGUGUGUUUGCUUGUAAUCAGUGCACUUACAUAUCUGUGAACAAGGCAUCCUUGGAGCAUCACCUGGAGGACCACAAGAAUGGUUUGGUUGACAUCACAGCCAUACGCUCCCACCAGCAAAGGCCUGGUCGAGUUGCGAUUACCCCUGUGGCAUCAACCUCCGCUGGUCAGCAGACUCGUGUGCAGACAUUCACAGUACAGCAAAAUGAACAACAGACUUCCCAGCAAGUGACUGUCAAAGCUCCAGACAUGGACGGAGGAGUCCAGAGCUUCAUCGCCAAUGAUCUCUCCGCUGCACAACUGAUCUAUUCCGCUCUCAGUGCCAUUCAGCAGUCCCAGAAGGACAAGUCAGGUGAACCAAUAUCAGUGGACGGAAUGCAAGCUACGGUCACAGAUAAUUCCACUGAAGGAAGUUCUGGUCACACAAUAACAUUUCACAUUCCGACGGCACAAGGGUCCACUGGGGAUCACCCUGUUUUGCUUCUUCAACAACCUGUGACCCAGGCGGACUCGAAUGUCCAGGAUGCCAUUUCAGUGGCUUAUAAUACAAACAGUAUACAGUCGAGUCUAAACCAAGCGCAGGUCAGUGGAGAGCGUUUAGAAUUUGCUGCGACUCAAAAUGAAGUGUCUGAAAAUGAAGGCCCAGUUCUGUUGAUUGAUCAAGAAACGAAAGGGGAUUCUGGUAUCGUUGCAAUGGGUUCACAAACCGAGGCGGAGGAUUUACUCAAUCAUGCAGCAACGAUGGUAGCGCUUCGAGGCAACCAGGAGAUUGUCUCCCUGGCUGCGGAGACAGCAGAACUCCCAAUGAAAGAUGACGAUGCAGAAAAUGUCAUGGAAACGCAACUAGUUCAGAUUUGUUCUGACAGUGCAAAUAUCAUACAGGGGGCAGACGGGACACAGUUUCUUCAGGUUAUGGCCGCUGAUGGACAGCGUGCAGAGACGUUACUCCAACUUGCACCUAUUGACAGCGGUGGACAUGUUUUACAGACUGUACCAGUAUCGUCAAUAGGUAGAAAUGUUGAGACGUCACAAUAAGACCUAUACGGCUCAAUUUAUAUUCAUGCAUUAUAUGCCAAGAUAAAAUGUUAUGUCAUGUAUUUUCAAGGCAGAAGCCUGACUUUUGAAAGAUUGUGUAAGACUCCACGUUGUGCAUGUAAUCCCCUUAUUUCCCUGAAAAUGCCCUGUCAGAUAAAUUCAUUGUAAGAUCAGUCAUUUGAUAUUUGCUGUAAU